GUAGAAGAGCAAGCAAGCUUUUCCAACCUUUACAAGCAGAGCUGGGGGAUUCAGGUCACAUAACUUGAGUACAGUGGACGCAAACAUGGCAGCCCACCAGUAUGCUAUGAUGCAGAGAGCAGAGACCACCUCAUGAAGCAAAUAUGGAGGCAGAUCUGAAGAUUAUUACAUUUGGAUUGAAGGACCAUGUUUUUGAUCAAAUCAGGGAAAAAGAAAAUGGCAACGUGCAAGAUUUGCAACUCAAAGACCCUGGACGGAGUUACGGUGCCACUGGGGGACUUCCGGGGUAAGGUGCUUCUCGUCGUCAACGUGGCCACCUUCUGAGGGUCGACUAUAGAAGAGGCCCAGGUCCAAAUGCCCAGACCGCCACUAGUUUUUACCUCAAUUUUGACGGUGGGUCAGAUCAAAUACUCUCACGGGUUAUAUACGACGUACCAUCAACUGAAUGCACUCAUGGAAAUGUUCGGCAACCUCAACUUCACCGUGCUGGGCUUCUCCUGUAACCAGUUCGGCCUGCAGUCCCCUGAGGUGAAUCAUGAAACCUUAAACAUCCUUACGUACGUGAGACCCGGGGGGGGAUUCGUGCCAAAGUUUCCCAUCUUUGGUAAGGUGGAGGUGAAUGGCGUCAACGAGGAGCCGCUGUUCACUUACCUAAAAGAAUCUUUGCCCUUUGUGAACCCUGUCAUUGGCGACAUAAAGAAGUUCUACUGGUCUCCAAUUACGGUCAAUGAUAUCCGAUGGAAUUUUGAAAAGUUUCUCAUCACUGCGGAUGGCAAGCCUUUCAGCAGGUACGAGCUGCACUGUCCCAUUGAUAAGGUUGAAAAGGACAUCACAGAGCUACUGUAACAGACAGUCGUCAGUUGAUCGGCGGUGGCAGCGUGACGGUCCCUCGGUAAAUGCACAUGUGUGCCCCUGAGCUGGAUCUGAUGAGGAGGAGGAACGGGACUCGGGUUUUCACUGCAUUCGCUCUGAGAACAAA